AAUCUUAUUGUUUAUUCCCAUGUGGUGUCGAAAAAUGGACGCGCACAUGAUGCUGGUUUUUGUGAGGUUUUAAAAAUGUUGUUUGUUGUAUAUGUUCGUUAGCGUUAAUAAUUGACGAGAUUGUGACAACGUGUGUAGUGAAAAUGACAGACAUGCCUCCUUAUCUCCCGGUUAAAGAUGAGGAGAAGAGUGAUCAGGGCGAUAGUGAAACUUCCUCGGACAUAGAUGAUUGGGAUUUACCUUUGUGUUUUAAUAAACCAAGGCAUCUUGAGCCUAUCAAGGGAGCUGAACGCGUGGAGCACUCUUGGCGAGUAAAAGAAAAGUACAAGACCCAUUGUGUAGCGUUAGUACUGUGCCUCAACGUGGGCGUGGAUCCCCCGGACGUAGUGAAGACGCAGCCGUGUGCCCGGCUCGAAUGCUGGAUUGAUCCAAACUCGCUGUCUCCCAGCAAAGCGUUGGAGAGCAUCGGCCACUCCCUGCAGUCCCAGUACGAGCGCUGGCAGCCGCGCGCUCGCUACAAGCAGUCGCUGGACCCCACUAGUGACGAGGUGAAAAAGUUAUGCUGCUCACUGCGGCGCAACGCCAAGGACGAGCGGGUGCUGUUCCACUACAACGGGCACGGCGUGCCCAAGCCCACGGCGCAGGGCGAGAUCUGGGUGUUCAACCGGUCGUACACGCAGUACAUCCCGCUGUCGAUGUACGACCUGCAGACGUGGAUGGGCGCGCCGUCGCUGUACGUGUACGACUGCUCCAACGCGGGCGUCAUCGUGGACAACUUCAGCCAGUUCGCCGAGCAGCACGAGCGGGAGCACGAGGCGGCUCUAAACGCGAAAAGUACAGAAGCGUCGAGCGGGCCUCCCCCACCGGCGGUAUCGUACCGGAACUGCAUCCAGCUGGCGGCGUGUGCGGCCGGACAGAGCCUGCCCAUGAACCCCGAGCUGCCGGCCGACCUGUUCACGGCCUGCCUCACCACGCCCGUCAAGAUGGCCAUGAAGUGGUUCGUGCUGCGCACGCGCGGCCGCGCCGCGCAGCAGGACCUCAUGGACCUCAUUGACAAGAUCCCGGGCCAGGUGACGGACCGGCGCACCAUGCUGGGCGAGCUGAACUGGAUCUUCACGGCCAUCACGGACACCAUCGCCUGGAGCUCCCUCACGCCGGAGCUGUUCCAGCAGCUGUUCCGGGCUGAUCUCCUCACGGCCAGUCUCUGUCGGAACUUUCUGCUUGCUGACCGCAUUAUGAGGUCGUACAACUGCACGCCGGUGUCGUCGCCCGCGCUGCCGUCGCUGGCGCGGCACCCGCUGUGGGCGGCCUGGGAGCACACGCUGGACCUGUCGCUGGCGCAGCUGCCGCUGCUGCUGCCCGCGCCGCAGCUCUACCAGCACUCGCCCUUCUUCCGCGACCAGCUCUCCGCCUUCCAAGUGUGGCUCGAGCUCGGCAAGUGCUCCCCGGCGCGGCCGCCGCCCGAGCAGCUGCCCAUGGUGCUGCAGGUGCUGCUGAGCACGCUGCACCGCGUGCGCGCGCUGCAGAUCCUGUGCCGCUUCCUGGCGCUGGGCGCGUGGGCGGUGCGCGCGGUGCUGGCGGUGGGCAUCUUCCCCUACAUGCUGAAGCUGCUGCAGGCCGCCGCGCCCGACCUGCGCGCCUCCAUGGUCUACAUCUGGGCCAAGAUCAUCGCCGUCGACCCGACGUGUCAGGUGGAUCUGGUGAACGCUAAGGGCCACAAGUACUUCCUGGCGAUCCUCCAGGACCCUACAGUUGAUAUAACGCACCGAACGCUGGCGGCGUACGUGCUGGCCGGCAUCGUGGACAACUACCCGGCGGGGCAGGAGGCCGCCUUGCAGGGCUCGAUGAUCUCGAUCUGCCUGGAGCAGCUGGGCGAGUGCGCUGGCGCGGGAGAGGACGCUGGAGAGCAGCAGACGGCGCUGCAGCAGUGGGCGUGCAUCGGCGUGGGGCGGCUGUGGCGCGGCUACGACGCGGCGCGCUGGGCGGGCGCGCGCGACCUGGCGCACGAGAAGCUGGCGCCCGCGCUGGCGGCCGGCCGCGCCGAGCUGCGCGCCGCCGCCGCCUUCGCGCUGGGCUGCUUCGUGGCGGCGGGCGGCGCGCGCCCGCGCACCGACCACGCCAACGCGCUGGACCACCAGGUCGCUAUAGUGCUGGCCGCGAGACUGUCUCAAGACUUCUCGCAUCACGUCCGUGCUGAAAUCUUGGCGGCGCUGCAGUGGCCGGUGCUGAUCUUCGAGCAGCACUUCAUCGCGGUGUACAUGCAGGAGCGCCUGCGCAGGAGCACUAACGUCGUGGUGGGUUCCGGUUCCGGCAACGGCGGCUCGCAGCCGGUGGCCGUGGGGCAGGACGCGCUGCAGCCCGGCGCCGCGCGCGCCGCGCCGCUCCGCCAGCGCCCGCUGCAGCUGCCCGCCAUCGGUUUCGGCUCGGUGUACAUGAAGCUGUGGCACACGCUGUGCGCGAUGGCGCGCGAGCCGCACCCGCAGGUCUCGCAGAUGGCCAACGACAUCAUCAACCACAUCUCCAACCAGGUGGACAACGUGAGCCGCGAGAACGAGGUGACCGCGCGAACGCUGAGCGGCAGCAGCGGGAACAGCUCGUCCCUGCCGCCGUCCCCCAACACGCGCGCCUGCCCGCUCUCCGAGCACACGCGCACGCUGCCCGCCAUGAGUAAUCGCCGCGUCAAAGCAAGCUUGUCCCACACAAUCUCGGAGGACUCUGUCCCGGCCGCCGAGCGCGAUGGAAGUCGAGAACGGGACUCCACCUCUUCAAACUCUAGUCAACCAAAGGAACCGAAGAAGCCUAUUGUCAGCACGAACUUCGUGGAGUGGGCGUCCAGCAUGUUCUCCAGGGCCGAGGGUCAGGGGUCGCCGGACUGCGAGAGUAGGGCCCACCACGAGCGAGUGUGGCGAUACUGCCGGAACAGCAGUCUGCGCGCCGAGGCCAGAGCCCUGCUGCGCGCGCGGGUGCCGCGCCUGGACAGCCAGGCCUUCCACUCGCGCAGCGCGCUGCCGCCCGCCGUGGUGCUGUUCCACCCCUACGACCAGCACCUCACCGUAGCUUCCAAGGACAACUUCGGCGUGUGGGACUGGGGCACGGCGGCCAAGCUGAUGGUGGGCGCCUGGCCGCGGGCGCGCGGGCGCAUCUCCGCGCUGGCGCUCCUCAACGCGCACGACCGCGCGCUGCUCGCCGUGGCCUCGCACACGGGCCACGUGCUCGUCUACAGGCCGGUGGGAGGCAGCACGGAGCCGGCGCUAGUGGCGGCGUGGCGCGCGCUGCCGGUGCUGCCGGCGCCCGACUACCGCCCGCCGCCCGCCCAACCUAUAUACAGUCUGGCGCAGCUGGUGACCGACCAGUUCGGGACCUCCACCGACGACCGCUCCAAGAACGAUCCCAACAGCGUAUCGGGCACGAGUAGCGGGUCAGUGGCGGUGCCGCCGAGCACGCUGAUGUCGUGGAGCGCCAGCCGCGGCUCGCUGGCGCUGGCGGGGCUCUGUCCGGUCGUGCGGCUGUGGGACGCGCGCUCCGAGCUGCUGCAGGCCGAGCUGCCCACCGGCUGCGACGCGCACGCCACCUCGCUCGCCAGGAAGCACCACAGAGUGAUCUGCGGGUUCGCGGACGGCUCGGUGCGCUGCUGGGACGAGCGCAGCGCGCGGCCCGCGUUCGCGCUGCACGAGCAGGCGGGCGGCGUGCUGUGCGCGCGCGAGCGGCCCGACCUCCAUACACUAGUGUCGGUGGCGGCGGACGGCGCCGUGCGGCUCUACGACACGCGCAAGCUGGCCGUGCGCGACCUCGUGCGCGCGCCCGGCCCGCUCGCCGCCGCCGACGUGCACCCGCUCUGCAGCCUCAUCGCUUGCGGGUCCGUGAACCAGUGCAUCAGCAUCUACGACCUGUCGGGCACGCCGCUGCACAGCAUCAAGUUCCACGAGGGGUUCAUGGGCGCCCGCAUCGGCCCCGUCUCCUGCCUCACCUUCCACCCGCUCAGAUGCGCGCUGGGCGUGGGCUCCAAGGACUCCACGGUGUCGGUGUACGUGGCGGAGCCGCGCCGGUGACCCGCCAGCGGCUGGCUGCCCGCGGGCCGGAGGUAAAUGUGUCAGGGCGUCGUGGAGCGCUCCAAAAUUUGGUGCUACGAUAUGUAAUAAUGAUAAUACUGUGCGCACGCGCUCGCUCGCUCGCCGCGACGCAGGGCUCCAUAGCAGCAGGCGCCAUCUCGCGGUCGCGUACCAACCAAUAGCAACGCCAAGUCGACACAGCUAGUUUAGAUUCCCUUGUACGCUAAGUUUUUACACAGCGUAUCUUGGGUAGGUCUGAUACCAUUCUCCACAGAUGAUCCGUGGAUAAAAUUGUUUCCAAAUAUUAUUAUCCUCCCAUCCAUUGCGUUGGAUUUCUUUCAUUGAAAAAAAGCCAAAAUAGAAAAUGUAUAUCUAGUCUUAUCAUUUAAAAAUGAAUGCGAAAUGAUUUUGAUUGAGUGUGUUGUAUGAAAACUUAGCGUGCAGGAGGUCUUAGAUAUAACUGAAACCAGGCGGCUGACUUAUUAUUUAUUACAAAGAAGAUGUUAUUUUGUAAUUGUAGGGUAAGAUCGUGUGUGCGAGCGCAGGGAGUGAGCGCGGGAGUGGCGCGGUGCUCGCGGGCCAAUGUGACCGUUUGGUACUCUUCCAUACGUGACUACGGUAACAGUUUACUGUCACCUACAAGGUUAAGUUUUUGAAUGUUAAUUUUUAGCACACGGUACGUAAAAUAUUCUCUAUAAGAUUUAGUUUUGACAUUUCAUAUAACAUUUAAAAGUAUUGCCGAUGUGAUUUUUGCCAAAUUGUUUUAUGAAAUGAUUUUGGCUAAUCAGGUGUGAAUGAUAAUUGACCGACGACUUGACUUGUACAGUAAGGAUUGCGGGAGUCACUCGCGCUGAUUUAAAUGAUUUCGAUACGACUACGGUAUCAAAUUAUGUAUAAAUACACCAAUAUAAGUAUAAAAUGAAAAUAUACAAAAGGCGGCCUUCUCGCACUUUCGGCAACUGUACGGUUGGACGGAAAAGAUGCAGGCAGUAAAUUUAGUAUUUUCACUAAAAAAGUAAGAUUAGUAUAUUGAUUUGCGGGUAAUAUCAGUUUCUACUGAACCAAUUAUAUUAUUGAUUUCCACGUGGGAACCUUUUGGAUCAGUUUUAUAGUUUAGUACAUAGGUAUGCAUAAUAAAAUAUAUAUACACUAUUCACAAAUAUGCUUUAAGUAUGUAAUGAUUAAUUUGUAAAUAUGCGCUAGCGCAGUAGGCGGGGGUAGAGUAGCGCACGAGUGUGUGCGAGAGAAGAACGCCUUUACCGGGUUGCCAAGUUGCUUGUGGGUUUCAUGUAGAUGAAAAUUAUUAUCUUACUGGACAAAUUUCUGAAUUCAUUACAAAGGAUAGAUCAUUAGAAAUCAUGUGAUUGUUUUAUUUACAUGACAAAGACAUAGGGUACAAUGUUUUUGAAUUUACGGAGCAAGUUAAAAUUCAGUGUCAAUGGUCCGACAGCUUGUUUUCAGCUGCAGCAGACCUGGCUGUUGGCGUUUAUUGAAGCUCCUCAAGUAGGCAUGGAAUCCACUAAUAACUUAAUUUCAGUAUUGAUCGCCAAGACCAGCCUCUUAUUUUAGCAUCUAUCAUUUGUAACCCGGCAGGAAUCAAAUGGAAUAUUGUAUUUAAUUGGUGGCACCUCGACGUAGAUAUGUAUUUUGUCACCAACUCGAUACUGCUAGACAUUGUAUGGACUAACUCCUGUCUUCUUAUUAUUUAUAUUGAAUUUAACAAUUGGUUUUUCUAAGUCUAAAUAUAUGUACUAAAUUAUUUAUUACGUCCACGAAUAUGCUUUUAUAUAAAUUUUACAUUAUUUUUAGAUUGUAUAAAUAGCUUCAUAUUUUCUGUGACGCAGUUUCAGGAAGGUGAAUGACCUUACUAGUUUCCCAAUAUAGUCAAUAAUUUAGUUGUCGCGACCGACAGCCCUCACCGACAGUGUUCAUACAUAUACACAUAAUUAUAUAUACACAGAAGUCCUAGAGAAACAUAUAUCUCGCAUAGAUUAGUAUGAUUUGCAGCUACAGUUCUCGCGAACAGACUUUUAUUUUUGUACAUAAGAGAUGAAAUAUUUUUUGUCAUAUGAAUUGUUUUGUGAUUAGUGAAUUACUGAAAGUUCCUAAGACUUGAUAGUUAGAUGCCAUUUAUUAAUUUUACUAAGAUUUCUUUAGAACGUACGAGACGAUGAUUUUGUGUUCGUUUGAAGUAAUAUAGGUUUAAGUUACAGUACCGUGUAUCACAGAAUUGGUGUGUAAAUAUAAUGACGUGUUCAGUCCGCGGGCGCCACAUUUCAGUGAUAUUGUAAGCAUUUAAUUAUGUGGAUUACAUAGGACUAUUAUGAUAUGUAAUAUUUUAUUCCGAUUAAAAAUGAUCUGCCAACACGGUAGUCUCCCUCAGGCGGUUACCGUGGUGACGAUGUGGGAUGGCCGUUUUCAAGAUUGUUCUUGAUAGGAACAAAGUUUUAAUGAGUUUGAUUGUAUGCCACGACCGAUCAAAUUGGAAAUUAUGUGAUGACGAACAAAAUAAAGAUCGCUGUGAAUUGGAUAUUGAAUCAGAUUGCAUUUUGUCUAUGAAUUGAUUGAUUUUUCUUAGUGCUUUUACAUAUUGUGUAAUUUAAAUGUACAUUUUACAUAAUAAUUGUUGUUGUUAAAAUAAAACAAUUAAACAUAAAAUGUCUUUAUUAUUAUGUUACCACAAUAAAUAUGUAACUCUCAAGUUAGGGCCACAA